CCAACAGAAGAGAAGAGAAGAGAAGAGAAAAGCUUGUGCACGCUACACAUCUUAGAGGUCACUCAUGGCCACUCUACAAGCCCACAACCUCUUCUUCUCAUCGUCUUCCUCCUCUUCCUCCAUCUCGAGUCACCGAAAACUUCGCGCCGGUCUCCAUGUUCCUUCCGCCAAUCUGAGAACAAAGGGCGUAUCUCUUCCCAAGAUCACGCAAAUGAUCAGCCUGCAGAGAGAAGAGCUGAGCUUGAGAGAAGAUAACGCAGCCACCGGCUGCACUCAGCCUCAGCCGAUGGCACCUUCUAACGAUGAGCACUUGGUCUCCAAGGUUUAUGCCAUACUCGACGCCAUCGCCGAUAGAGCCGAGAUGCAUGCCAUCAUCGGAGCUCAGAGGAACGACUGGAACCACCUCUUGACCGGCUCCAUCAACGCCAUCACUCUCACGUCCUCGCUGAUGGCUGGCAUCUCGUCCAUCCCGGCCGGUGAGGCAGCGGCGCCACACUUCCUCGCCUUCAAGCUAUCCUCCGUGAUCUUGUUCGCCGCUGCGACGGGGAUGAUGCUGAUCACAAGCAAGAUCCAACCCUCUCAGCUAGCAGAGGAGCAGAGGAACGCGACGCGCUUGUGGAAGCAGCUCGGGAGAUCGAUCGAGACGACUCUCGCCCUCCGACCUCCGACCGAGUUAGACAUCGAGGAGGCAAUGCAGAAGGUUAUCGCACUCGAGAAGGCUUACCCGCUUCCUUUGCUUCCGGGGAUGCUCGAGAAGUUCCCCGAGAACUUGGAGCCAACUCAAUGGUGGCCUAAACAGCAAUCAAGACAGCAGCAAGCAGUAAAUGGCAUGAGAAGGAACGGUUGGAGCCAAGAACUGGAAGAGGAGAUGAGGGGAAUCCUUAGAGUGCUGAGAAUGAAAGAUGAGGAGCAGUACGUUAGAUUGGGGAAGCUGGUGUUGAACAUCAACAAGAGUUUAGCCACCGCAGGGCCUCUGCUCGCCGGCCUAGCUGCGAUAGGCUCGGGUCUGAUCGGCUCGCCGGCUCUCGGGCCGGCGCCAGCACUUGUUGGUGUCGUCGGAGGCGUGCUUGCGGCUGCAGUGAACACGUUGGAGCACGGCGGACAGGUCGGGAUGGUGUUCGAGCUGUUCCGCAACUGCGCCGGGUUCUACCGGCGUCUGCAAGAGGAGAUCGAAUGCAACAUUGGGGAGAAGGAUGAGCAGAGGAGGGAGAACGGGGAGUUGUUUGAGUUGAAGAUGGCCUUGCAACUUGGAAGAAGCCUUUCCGAGCUCAAACGCCUCGCAUCAUAUGCUUCUCCUUCAUGUAAAGACGAAGAGAUCGAGGAGUUCGCAGGGAAGCUGUUUUGAUUGCGCUUACUGUAGCUGUAGCUGUCCAUUCAUAUGAAUCAGUGUAUAGAAGUACUAACCAUUCUUUCAUUGAUUAUUAUCAAAGACAUAAAGAAGAGACU